UAGUGAAAUUAAACCGUGUUUAGUUUGAUAUUUUUGAGCCCAGCCCUGGAGAGAAGCAGAACCAAUAACAUGCCCAGUUUCACUCCCAAACUUGAAUGCAAAAUUCAAAUUUAGCGAACAAAGCGGGAAUAUAAAUUCCCACUCUGAAGUCGCAGCCAUAUAGGACCCUCCUCGCCGUGAAAUGAACCGUUGAAAUUUCCCAUUUCAUUCUCACACACACUCUUCAAUGGCGAACAAGAGCGUAAAAAAACCCCAGAGUCUCAACGAUAGCCACUAUCGCUUCCUUCAGGAUUUCUCUGCUCCUCCAAAACCUUCUUCCCACCCUCUCAACAAUGAUCAAUACGAUACUCCGAUUCAACCUCGAAGCCUCAUGUAUCAUGACGAUGAUACGAUUCCGCAGUUUUCUGCUAUCACCGACUUCGAUUCUCCAAUCGAUCAAAAUUCUCCGGAGAAUAACCAACUUGUUUAUGUAGAAGAAGCUCAUCUACCUAACCAGGUUCCGCAGUUUUUCGAUGAUCGUUCUCUUAGUCAAAAUUAUUCCGAGAAUCGCCAACAAGCUGAGGUAGAGGAAGCUCCUAUUCCUAACAAGGUUCCUCAGUUUUUAGAUAGUUUUUCUCUCGGUCAACAUUAUGCGGAGAAACACCAGCCAGUUAAUGUAGAAGAAGCUCUUUUUCCAAAAGAGGUUCCACAGGGUUUGAAUAAUUAUUCUCUCAGUCAAAAUCAUCCGGAGAAACACCAAGCAGUUAAUGCCGAAGAAACUACUCUUCGUCCAAAGGAGGUUCUGCAGGGUUUGGAUGGUUAUACUCCUAGUCAAAAUCAUCCGGAGAAACGCCAACCAGUUAGUGCAGAAGAAACUACUCUUCCAAAGGAGUUUCCACAGGGUUUGGAUGGUUAUACUCCUAGUCAAAAUCAUCCGGAGAAACGCCAGCCAGUUAAUGCAGAAGAAACUCUUCUUCCAAAGGAGGUUCCACAGGGUUUGGAGGGUUAUACUCCUAGUCAAAAUCAUUCGGAGAAACGCCAGCCAGUUAAUGCAGAAGAAACUCUUCUUCCAAAGGAGUUUCCACUGGGUUUGUAUGGUUAUACUCCUCGUCAAAAUUAUUUGGAGAAUCGCCAACCAGUUAAGGUAGAAAAAGCUCUUCUUCCUAAGAAGGUUCCACAGGAUUUGGAUGAUUAUUCUCUUAGUCAAAAUUCUUUGGAGAAUGGCCAACCAGUUAACGUAGAAAAAGCUCUUCUUCCUAACAAGGUUCCACAUAGUUUCAUUAGUUCUUCUCUUAAGGAGGAAAAGAAGGCUAUGGUUAAGGUGCAAGGGCGACGCCGUCUUUGCAAGGUUGCGGAUACAGAUGCUAGCAAAAAUGUGGCAGUUGAUGAUUCUAAGUUCGAUGAUCUUGUAGACUUUGAUUCGCCUAUUCCGGUGCGAAAAAAUGUUAUUGAAAUUGAUAAGAGUAGAGGUAAGAGUGAUAUUAGGGAUAUUUUGCAUGAGCUUAGCUCCAAGUUUGAUGCACUAUCAGUUGAGAAGAAGCCAAAGCCUGCUGAGCGUUUUGUGGGACGGAAAGAAAUUCUUGAAGACGAGGGUUUUGAAUUUGGGAGUGCUGGAUCUUCAUUUUCUCCAAAACAGGAGCCCCAUGAUUUCUCAUCAAAGCAUACUAAGAAUGAUACCAAUGGUGUUGGGUAUGAGUCAGAUGAUUCGGUUCAGGUGUUGGAUCACCUUGAGCCUGAGAAUGAUGGUUCUAUAACAUUGAAUGACCCAAGGUCGACAUAUAAGUUGCAGCCUAAGAUUGCGAAGAUGUUGUAUCCACAUCAACGGGAAGGAUUGAAGUGGCUCUGGUCAUUGCAUGUUCGGGGUAAAGGUGGAAUUUUGGGAGAUGACAUGGGUUUGGGAAAAACAAUGCAGAUUUGUGGCUUUAUAGCUGGACUGUUUCAUUCCCGUUUAAUUAGAAGGGUGUUGGUUGUGGCCCCCAAAACACUAUUGCCACAUUGGAUCAAAGAGUUGUCAGUUGUUGGUCUAUCUGAGAAAACAAAAGAAUAUUUUGGAACUUGUGCAAAAGCCAGAGAAUAUGAACUUCAGUACAUACUUCAGAACAGAGGUGUUCUUCUCACCACAUAUGAUAUUGUUCGCAACAAUACCAAGUCCUUACAGGGGCAUAGGUAUUUGAACAACGAGGAUAAUGAAGAUGACCCUACGUGGGACUACAUGAUACUUGAUGAGGGGCACCUUAUAAAGAACCCGAACACUCAGAGAGCUAAAAGUUUGCUCGAGAUACCCAGUGCUCAUCGCAUUAUCAUUAGUGGCACACCAUUGCAAAAUAAUCUCAAGGAAUUGUGGGCAUUGUUCAGUUUCUGCUGCCCUGAGUUGCUUGGUGACAAAAAAUGGUUCAAAGAUAAAUAUGAAACACCUAUACUUCGUGGAAAUGAUAAAAAUGCCUCUGACAGAGAGAAGCGUACUGGUUCAUCUAUAGCAAAGGAGCUAAGGGAUCAUAUUCAGCCUUACUUUUUGAGACGUUUGAAGAGUGAGGUUUUCAAUCAAGAUACUGAAAAAACAACAGCAAAACUUUCUCAGAAACAAGAAAUCAUUGUGUGGCUUCGGUUGUCCAAUAUUCAGCGGCAUCUUUAUGAAGCAUUUUUGAAGAGUGAGAUUGUUCUCUCAGCAUUCGAUGGUUCACCGCUGGCUGCCCUUACGAUUUUGAAGAAAAUAUGUGAUCAUCCACUUCUGUUAACAAAACGGGCGGCUGAGGAUGUAUUGGAAGGGUUGGACUCAAUGCUAAAGCCAGAGGAGGUUAGUGUUGCGGAGAAAUUGGCGAUGCAUAUAGCAGAUGUUGCAGAAACAGAUAAGUUUAAAGAUGAGCAUGAUGUAUCAUGCAAAAUAUCUUUCAUCAUGUCAUUAUUGGAUAAUCUGAUCCCUGAAGGUCAUAGGGUGCUUAUUUUUUCUCAGACUCGCAAGAUGCUUAAUCUUAUCCAGGAUUGCAUAUCAUCCAAAGGUUAUGAUUUUUUACGAAUUGAUGGCACAACAAAAUCCAGUGACAGAAUAAAAGUUGUCGAUGAUUUCCAAGAUGGUGUUGGAGCCCCAAUAUUCCUGUUGACAUCUCAGGUUGGUGGUUUAGGACUUACGCUUACAAGAGCAGAUCGUGUGAUUGUUGUCGAUCCUGCUUGGAACCCAAGUACUGAUAAUCAAAGUGUUGACCGUGCUUAUCGUAUUGGUCAAAAGAAAGAUGUUAUUGUGUAUAGACUGAUGACAUGCGGAACUGUUGAAGAAAAGAUCUACAGGAAGCAGGUAUAUAAAGGAGGAUUAUUCAAAACAGUUUCUGAACAGAAAGAACAAACUCGGUACUUUAGCCAGCAGGAUCUUAGGGAGCUUUUCAGCCUCCCAAAAGAAGGAUUCGAUGUGUCUGUCACCCAACGACAAUUGGAUGAGAAACAUGAUUGUCGACAUAUAGUGGAUGCCUCUUUCCAUGCACAUAUAGAGUUUCUGAAACGUCAGGGCAUUGCUGGAAUUAGUCACCACAGUUUACUGUUUUCCAAGUCAGAGCCAGUUCAAGAUGCUCCUGAGAAUGAAGUAACAAGGAUUAAUAAUACUAAAUAUUUUGGAACUUCAUCAUCAUCUUCACGUGAGCAAACUGUUGACGGAGCUGAGUUUGCUUUUAAUCCCAAAGAUGUUAAUUUACACAAAAAAGACUCUUCUCCAAGUAGUGUUGGUAAGUUGACUGAGUUAGAAAUCAAGGAUAGAAUUGUUCGGCUCUCCCAAAUGCUCUCAAAUACGGUAAUGAUUUCGAAAUUACCUGACAAAGGAGAGAAACUACGGAAACGGAUUACAGAGCUGAAUCGAGCGCUAACUAAGCUGAAGAUGGAACAAACAAACGUAGUUGAUUUGGAUGAUAUUACAGAUGAAUUUGAAAGGGUGGUGAAUGUAUAAUUUGUUUAUUAUCCAUAUUGUCAUUUAAUGGAAAUGGAAACAAGGUUAUAGAACUGUUUCAUCAGUUAUAGUAGAAAGUGGUUAUGUCAACUUACUGGUUGAAGAUUUUGUAAAGCUGAAACUAUUGCACUGUCCAUCCGGAAAUGUUACUGCGCAUGCAUAACUGAGGAAACUAAAGAUUUUGGGAUUUGAAGUUUUUAA